GAGAGAAGAAACAGAUAAAACCAGAGCAGGGGGUAAAAAGGUGCCCCGCGCCUCUCAGAAUCCAGAGGCCGCCGUCGUCGCCGCCGUCACUGGGGGUGGGCUCCGGAAGAGCCGGACCAACUAGGAAAGGACUAACCAAGAGCGAAAUCCUGCAGCCAGUGAAGAGACCGAGGCGCAAAGAAAAAGUGACUCCGGCCGUGCGCCCCGGAGGCGCUCAGGAGGGGACUGCAGCCGCGGUGGGGGCCCCGCCGAUCCGCCCCCAACAUCCUUCGAGGGGGCAGACCCCGGCCCGCCCCUAAGGGCGCGAGGCGAUGAGAUAAUCCAGCUGAGCUGCGAAAGUCGAGCGUCUGGCUCUGAAUUGGGGGGGAGGGGGUCUUCGGGAGGGGUGGGCCUCGGAAGUGGGGGUGAGGGUCGGCGCUGAUCCCCGGCCAGAGGGAGGCGGGGGCUGCUGGGCCGCGCAGGAGUGCGCUGCUGGGGCCUCGCGAGCCGGCUCACUCGCGCUGCGGCGGCCCGCGCGCUGCGUCCAGCUCCGUGCUGCCCCGCGCCCCAGCCGCCCGGCCGGCCGGCCGCUCUGGCUCACGGAGCAGAUGGCUGUGCGCGGCGCCAACACCUUGACGCCCUUCUCCAUCCAGGCAAUCCUCAACAAGAAAGAGGAGCGUGGAGGGCUGCCCGCGCCAGAGGGGCGCUCGGUACCCGGGGGCACCGCAGUGGCAGUGGCUGAGGCGCCCGCUGUCUGCUGCUGGCGAUUGUUCGGGGAAACAGACGCGGGCGCUCUGGGGGGCGCGGAAGACUCUCUGCUGGCGUCGCCUGCCGGGACCAGAACGGCUGCAGGGCGGACCGCGGAGAGCCUGGUUGGUUGGGACUCGGACUCGGCGCUGAGCGAGGAGAACGAGGGCGGGCGGCGCUGUGCGGACGCGCCGGGGGCCAGCGGGGCCGGCUGUGCAGGGGGGACGCUGGGCCUCGGCCAGCCGGUCUGCGAGCUGCCCGCCGCCAAGGACCUAGACGAGGAAGCCGCAGGCAGGAGCGACAGCGAGAUGUCGGCCAGCGUCUCAGGCGACCGCAGCCCUAGGGCCGAAGACGACGCUGUUGGCCCCGGAAGUGCACGCGUACCCGCGCUGUGCAGCCGAAGCGGCGGCGGGGGCGGCCCGGCGGGCGGCGCGGAGGAGGAGGAGGAGCCCGCCGCGCCCAAGCCGCGCAAGAAACGCUCGCGGGCCGCCUUCUCCCACGCUCAGGUCUUCGAGUUGGAGCGGCGCUUCAACCACCAACGAUACUUGUCCGGGCCGGAACGCGCCGACCUGGCCGCGUCGCUGAAGCUCACCGAGACGCAAGUGAAGAUCUGGUUCCAGAACCGUCGCUACAAGACCAAACGCCGGCAGAUGGCUGCCGACCUGCUGGCAUCAGCGCCCGCCGCCAAGAAGGUGGCGGUGAAAGUGCUGGUGCGCGACGACCAGAGACAGUACUUGCCUGGCGAGGUGCUGCGGCCACCGUCGCUGCUGCCACUGCAACCCUCCUACUAUUACCCUUACUAUUGCCUCCCCGGCUGGGCGCUCUCCACGUGUGCAGCCGCCGCGGGCACCCAGUGAGCCGGCCUGGGUCGAGGCAGCAAACGAUCCCCGGGUGCCAGCUCCGGACGGCCGCUGACGGCUGUGCAGGUUGUGCUCUCUACGAGGGCGCCCCGGCGAAGGGGCAAGGAUGCAGUACAGCCCAGGCUCAAAAUCCAGGAGUGCUCCGUGGCAGCGGGACUGAGUCUGUCCAGAGGGGGCGCCUUUUUCUAAUUUGAAGGCACCCUUUGCCUAAUUAGGAGGCACCCUAUGGCCUAGGGUUCUUGCUCCCCCGUUGCCUGCGUGGAAGCUCUUGGACAUUAUUUAUUAUCACAACAAAGUUGGAUUUGGAUUGUAUCUGCCAGGACACGGCGUUUCUCUGGAGCGGAGAGAACUCCUGGAUCCACAUAGCCUGAAUCCCCAGAAUUUCAGGCUGUCUGGGAGCUUCCUGCAGUAGGCCACAAUAGUUCAUGGUAUCCAUGCUACCAAUCUAUGUUUAUCUACAUAUCUAUUAUUUUUGGAAAUUGCAUUUGUAAGGAACGGGUGCAGAACCUUGACAGCCCCAAGGAGCCCCGAGCCUUAGAGGGUUGAUUUGAACCGUGAAAGUUUUGCUUUUUGGGCCCUCUGCCCCCACUCCUACCCAUGUCGGAGCUGGGGUGUGGACGCCCUUUUGGGUGCUGAAUGUAAAGAAGGGAGCUUCUGAGCACAGGGCUGUGCAGAGGCCCCCCAAAAUCUUUCCUCUCCGGAGUCCACCACCAACUCGGGAGCUUCCGGGAACCCGGAAUUAGGAAAGGGCAAACCCAGCAGCCCUUGGCAGAAACUUUCUUUUAUUUCUUUUUACUUUUUUAAAGGAGGUUAAAACUUGUAGCACUUUUCGGUUGUUUGUAUUCAAAUAACGGUUAUUUUUGUAUUCAAUGUGAAUAUCCCUGACCGGCCUUUCCCCAGUGUACCCUGCAGUUCAGAUGCCGGGCCCUCUGUCUCUAACGUUCUCCAUGAUUCCUGCAUUCUGACCCAAGAUUCUUCCAUUCCAGCCCCUGUCCCUAAGACAGAUGAUCCUGUCAAUAUUGUUGCUUUUUGCCUCCUUAAGGGCACUGUGCACUCAACUAGAAUAUUAACUUUAAAAAGAUUUGUGAAGUUUGGAAGCUCUGUUCGCCUUAUCUUUCUUUUUCCUUUAAUUUAUAAACUUUUAGUUUCACAUGCCCUCCUGGACACCGUGUUGUCUCUGAGCCUCUCUCUGUCCAGCUGUAUGGUAAAAAUGUCUGGGGCUCCUCUCCCACCACUUUUCAGUCCUGGACCAAGAAUGUCUCCUCCCUCUAGGGAGCGGCCUGGCUGCCCAUCGGGAAGAAAGUGUUUAAAUCCACUCAGCUCAGGGAAUUGCAAAGUAGGGGACUUCCGCAAAAGUCACAACUGAAUCCCACUGAAUAAGGAGCAAAUGGCUAGGAUUCUCUCUCUCUCUCUCUCUCUCCCUCCCUCCCUCAUGGGAUUGGUCUCAGAGUGUGGAAAGGGUCCAUAGCUGAACCCACAACCAGUUUCAACCCCUACCUAACCUGCUGUCUCCUUCACCUGCCCACAUCCUCUCUGCUUUUGAUUUUCCCAGCAUUUCUGGAACUGACCCUGUCUUCAUUUCGUUUGGAGAAUAGGCUAGCAAAAACUCGCCGAAAUUCUGAGGGCUAUAAUAAUAACCAGAUCUAUUAGAGGUCUCUUGGGGAGGGUCAACUGAGCUUUGACCCCGGCAGGGUGCACAUGGCCCUCUAUAUUGUUUCAGAGUGAUGCCACUCACUCUGUCUGUGACAUGGUCUCAUGUGAGUCCUCAUAGGAGGACUAGGGCCAGGGUUAUUUAUUAUUUACAUUUUACAGACGAACACCCAACCCCAUUGCACAACUCGCCAGUCUGUCGUGGAUUCGCCAGAGCAAAAUGCUUAGGCUUCACUCCCCUCGCUCUGGGUCUGGUCGAGCAAGGAAGAGUUAAUGCCACAUUGCAGGCUCUGAGGCCUCCAGCAGCCGGCGGAAGCCGGGAGUUGCCAAUCCCAGGCCCCAGCUACUUUCAAUUUUACCCCAACCAGAAAGGCCUACCUGCCCUUUUCAGGGUCGGCAACCUUUUCCAGCCUCAGGAUUCCCAGGCCUUUGUAUCCCAAAAUCCAUAGCCAGGGGUCUGUGAACCCCCCCGCGAACCUCCCCCCGGCCCCCCCACCCCGUCACAAGUGCUUUUGGAGAAGAUUCCUGCUUGUGGAAACAACAAAGCGAGAAGGCAUAUGUCCUCGGGAUGUGCACGCCCUUACCCCCAAGUCCAACCACCUUCUAAAUGGUUCCUGCAAUCAUUUUCUUUUUGGCAUGUUUUAAAAAUUCCAUGUAAGCUUCAUAAUUAAUCAUGAAUGCAUUUUCUCUGUAGAAAGAACAUUUCCAAUAACGCUAGAAUUCCCUCCCUUCCUCUCUGCAGAGAUCGCCACUACUGAGGGUUUUGGGGGAGGAAGCU